CAUUGAUCUCAUCACCAAGCAAGACGAGUAACAGAGGCUAGUUGCUGACAUUGAAUGCAAGCUCUGUCAAUAAAGACUUAGACCACAUCCCAUGCACGUGAUUCGACAGUUGUCUUUGAUGUUUCCCUGGUUCUUAUAAAAAUCAACGCUCAACCUCUCCAAUCCCUCAUCCACACCCACCACAAACACAAUCAUGUCUUACACCGUCUACCUCACCAUCGAAACCGGCCUCCCGCGGGACCACCACGCCCUCUUCGUCGAAACCCACGAAGCAGGCCCCCAAACCGGGCACGUUUACAACGUCCAAGGCGAUAUCCAAAACGGUAUGGUGUACGAAGCCAAAGCCACCGAAGAACCGGAGAAAUUGCCCGUGUUCGCUGAGAAGAAACGCAUCGGAACUGUUUCCAAAGACGAUUAUCCUCGCUUCAUUGCUAUUUGCCAGAGCAUUCCCGUUCCGAAGAAGCAGUUUGAGGGGGCUAGACGGUUGUAUCCUAAGGAGCCGCUGAGACGGUGCCAGGAGUGGGCGAAAGAGGCUAUUGAUGCUGUGGUUGAGCAGAAGGUUAUGCUGGAGUGAAGUGGCUUUUUCUGAGAUACUAUUUUGCGUCUUUUCUUUCUUGCCUUGUUCUUUGCGGUUUCAAUGUAAGUAAACAUGCGACAUGCGCUAUUCCUAAAGUGGUUUAGUGUCAACGUAACUCGAAUUCCCAUCCGCAAUGCGAUUCUGCGAUUCACC